AUGCUUCUGAUGAAGGAAGUUGUUGCCCAUCUUGGCGAUGUGGUGUGUGGAAAGUGUCUCCUUGCAUCACUCAUACGUGUACCUGGGCUGGUAUACGUACGCAGGUUGAGAAAUGCAUUGAUAAACCUCAUAGCAACUGUGAAAACGUUUGUUGAAGGAAGCUGUUGUCCAUCUUGGCAGUGUGGGCCUGAUUGUAGAUUUGUAAAGUGUGCCGGUCCACCCAACGAGUGGUGUACACCAGUUACACGACCACUAGCAUGUUGUGAAGAGUGGAACUGCAGAGGAUGUGUUGAUGAACUUGGCAACCAUCGUGAGGUGGGCAGCAAGUGGUCAAGCGACUCUUGCAACACUUCAGAAUGUACUCCUUCUGGCGUUAAAGUUACUCUCAAAUACUGCCCUACAUUACCGAAGCCCCAUCACAGCUGCAGUAGUUAUGUCCCUGAGGGAGAGUGUUGUCCCAGAUGGGAAUGCAGUGCAUGUCUUGACGAUAAUGGAGAGUACCAUGACUUGUACAGCGUAUGGCAAGAAACUCCUUGCAUCAGGCACCAGUGUACCCGGGCUGGCAUACACACCAGGGUGGAGAAAUGUUCUGAUCAGCCUCACAGCAACUGUGAAGUAGUUCCAAAUGAAGGACAGUGUUGUCAGUCUUGGCGAUGUGGAGCUGACUGCAGUAAUGUACAAUGUGCAGGCGCGCCCAGCAGCGACUGUACAUCCCACAGACCACCGUUGGCAUGCUGUGACGAGUGGACGUGCAGUGGAUGUUUUGAUCUGGAAGAGUACCCGAGCUGGGCAGCCAGUGGAAGAGUGACCCCUGCAGCACUUCACUGUGUACAGACAUUGGCAUAA